CUAUCGCUUGCCGUGCAAAAACAGUGUCCCGAUCAACACGAGUCGUCCCAGUUUGUCUAAUCCCAAAAAAAUCAACAUCGUCAAUUUUCAUAUACCGACCGCGCGCGAUGGACACGACGGCGCACAGCAAAUUGAAGCCCACCCUCGAGGACUACAUCCUAGAGAUGGAAACCCGGCCACCGGACAGUGGUCAGCGUGUCGAGCGGGACGUCUGGGCGCAGCUACACCAGAAGGAAACCGAUCUGCUGCUGGCGGCCGAGCUCGGAAAGGCGCUGCUCGAGAAGAACGAGGAGCUCAAGAAGCAGCACGACAAGCUGGUCGACGAUUACUCCACGAGGGUCGAGAACUUGGAGCAAGAGAAGUAUAUCCUCAAGCGACAGCUAGAGAUCAGUUCGAGCGAAAAUGAGACAAUCAUCCUGGAGCUUCAGUCGGACAUCCGGCAGUUCCGACAAAAGCUGGAAGCGCAGGAGCAAAUCAUGCGCCAGAUGGAGCGCGAGAAGAACAUGCUGAUCGAGGAGCUGACGGCGCAGAACACGCGCCUCUCGACCGAGCUGGCCAAGUCAAACGCCACCGAGCAGCAGCUGUCGGCGCAGCUGCAGGAGAUCAAGGAGCAGUGCAACCGGCGGACGCUCAGCAUCCAAGACCACGUCAGCAGCCUGGAGAGCCUCAAGAACGAGCUGCGGCUCAUUCUAGAGAAGAAGAACGAGCUCGAAAACCGGCUCCACAUGACGGCGAACGAGCGCGAAAACUUGUCGAUCGCGUUGAACGAGGCCUCCGAGCGGAUACAUAUCCUCGAGCGGAGCACCAAGGAGCAGGACACCAAGUACCAGAUGACGGUGCAGACGCUCGAUCGGCUCGAGCGUGAAAAUGGGACGCUUAGCGAACGACUCGAGUCCUUCGACUCGCAGCGUUCGCUACACAGCGAGCUCAACCACCACCACCACUCGUCCUUGCUGCAGGAGAUGAACAGUGAGGAGGAUGGACCCGCGGCGAAGGACGAGGCCGGGCAGCUGAUCCUGAAGGAGGCGCAAUCGGUGUACAAACAGCUGAAGACCCUCUGCCAGACACUGCGCAGCACCCAUCACGAUGACGAUUCAGGACUCCACUCGGACAUGUCCUUCUCGUCGCUGGACAACACGAUGGCGUCGGUGUCGGUGAUGACCACGCCGAACCCCGAAGCGACGAGCGCCAGCAUGACGGUGAACGAUAAGUUUAGCCGCGGGAUGCUUUCGUCUGCUGCCGAUGAGCUGGUGCACGUCAUCAUGAACCUUGACGCGAUGCAGUUUAAAACCAUGUUCGAGCAGACGCGAUCGAUGCUGAUCGAGCAGGAGGAGGAACUGAAGAAGAAGAACGACGUCAUCAUGCAGCUGGAGAGCAAGCUCUCGGUACGCGAUGUGGAGCUCCAGAGUACGAUCGAAGAACGCAACCAAGCUCGGGAGGAUGCGUCCCACUCGAGUCUGGCCCAGGACGAAACGGUGGUGCAGGCGCGCAAGGAUCGCGACGCGGCGAUCGAGCGGCGUACGAAGGCCGAGGUGGAGCUCGCGAAGAAUCGCGUUGAGCUGAUGCAGGCCAACAGUCAGCUGCUGGAAGCGAUCCAGCAGAAGGUGGAGCUGCUGCAGCAACUCGAACAGUGGCAAAUCGAUAUGCACGAGCUGAUCGAGGAGCAGAUGAAGAACAAGCUGAUCGAGACUAGUACAAAACCGCAGCAGUCGGCCAACGGCGCUGGUGGCGGCGGCGGCUCAGCAACCGGGGGCCGGAAAAGCCGUCUGCUGGACCUAUUCUACCAUCGAUGAGACCUACAGAGAGCGACAGGCACCUCCGUAGCGCCUGGCUGCGGGGGUUCACUGAUGCAUUUAACUUAUGAUCCCGGCCGAGACACCGACGAGCGCACCAACGAUGGGACUGGAGCGAUUCCAUCCGAACAGCCCGACCACCACGAAAGGAUUGGGUUUUCACAAGGAGUCGCUACGUUCGUGACUGUAGUAGCUCGUUAGAACUCUGCUAGGGUUUUGGCAGUUCCGGGCCGACACGAAACACACCGUUAGCUAAUGAUGGAUGGAAGUAAUUUUAAUUCUUUACCCUUACGAUCAAAGCGUUACUCUUAAUUGACCUUGGAAUUAAUCGCGUAAUGUGUAAUGUUCUAACCAAAACUUAUCGUUAACAUCGAGACGCGCGCGUGUCUGUUCCUUUUGUUUGGCGCGUUGUUGGCAAGCCGUUGCGCUGUUGCGUAAAUGUGAUAGAGAGAAAAAAACGGGGAAUCAAACUUUUUGUACGCGUGGAGAGAAGACAAUGUCAACAAACUGUGAAAUAUAUCAAACAAAAAUAAACUCUAACAUAAAUCUGUGGCCUUUUUCGGUUUUCGGUUCGCACCGUGAGGGAAUAAGGAAGGAAGCUAUUUCUAAUAAUAAUAACUAAAUCAUGCCGAGUGAGGCCGAAGACGACGACAGAAAAUAGGACCCCGCAAGACAAUGAAACAAUAUUUUGUAUAUAC